GGAGAGAAAGAGAGAGAGAGAGAGAGAGAGGGAGAGACGGAGCAUCAGGCACCGCCAGAGGCAGUCGAUGUGAUUAUCAGAGAGAAGGAAGUGUUAAAAAAAAAUCUUUAACAAGAUUACAGAGCGCAAUGUGAAGCGGACAGCGAGGGUUGGAGAGGCGUUCUGACAGCGAGGGCUUGCUGCCACCGUAAAAUGAUUCAGAAAAAGCAGGAGCGGCUGACUCCACAAGGCUUGUCGUAUAAGAACCUGGAGCACUUCGUCAACGUGGAUGGCGAGUACCUGUUCUGUAGAUACUGGGAGCCUUCAUCUCCCCCCAGGGCUCUGGUGAUGAUUGUACACGGUGCAGGAGAACAUAGCGGGUCUUAUAUGAACCUUGCCUCAAUGCUCGUCAACCAAUCCCUGUUUGUGUUCUCACACGAUCAUGUUGGCCACGGGCAGAGUGAAGGGCACCGUCUGAAUGUGUCCCACUUCCAAGUAUAUGUUCGUGACUGCCUGCAACACAUUGACAUGAUGAAGAUUCGUCACCCAGGCCUGAAGAUCUUCCUGUUGGCCCAUUCCAUGGGAGGACUGAUUGCAAUCUACCUCAUGCUCGACAGACCGCAGGAUAUUGCUGGAACGAUUCAUAUUGCACCGUUGGUGACGUUGAAUCCCGACUCAGCAAAGCCGUGGAAGGUAUUCUGCACCAAACUAUUGUGUCACCUUGCACCAAACUUGCCGCUGGGCACCAUGGAUCCACAAUGGAUGUCCAGAGAUGAAAAUGUGAUUACGAGCUUUAACGCAGAUGCUCUCUCCUACCACGGAGCCAUGAAGGUGGGAUUCGCUGCCGUGCUGUUAAAUGCAAUGACGGGCCUGGAGAACCUCCUGCCGACCAUCACCACCCCAAUGCUGAUAAUGCACGGAGAUGCAGACAAACUGUGCAAUGUCAAGGGCUCACAACUCAUGUACGAGCUGGCAGCUAGCACAGACAAAACGCUGAAGAUCUUCGAGGAAUGUUUUCACCAGCUUCAUUUGGAGUUACCAGAAGUUGUAAAGGAAGUGUAUGAAUUAAUUCAAAGCUGGCUGAAUGAGCGGUUGCCUUCCACUAAAGAAACGGGUCAAGAUUGAAAAUGAGAAUAUAUAUGAAGGAAUUAGUUUAAUUUAUAUUAGGGUUCGAUGUUUCUGGAGGG